AUGAGCAAGCGCCGUGUAUCGUUGCAAACAAUGAAAACUAGCUUGAUUUUUCUGCUAGCUUUUUGCCGCCCUUCCUACUCAUUUGUCUUACCUACCAAUGCACAGAGAAGUUCGAAAAGUACGGCAUGCUUUGGAAUUGGCGAAUGGCGCGACACCUUUUUCAAUUUCCCAGGCGCCGGAGACGAUCGCCGGAUCGGCACCGAGUCUGGACCGCCACCUAAAGAAGUCUGCAUCUUGCCUUUUCCCUUCGUCGAAGUACUACUGCAAGGUGAAACCAAGCAGUUGCGUCUGUAUGAAGAGCGUUUUAUCAAGCUGUUCGAUGAUGCUAUGAAGAACCACAGCGGCGUCGUGGCAAUGGGUUUGUUGGCCGAUUCGGGCAUCAUCCAAACGGUGCCGCUAUGUGAAAUCGAAGCCUAUAAUCGCCUUGAAGGUUUUGGUAUUUUUGUUACCAUCCGUGCUGUUGGGAGGGCACAGCUAGUGGAAAUCGUUCAACAAGAGCCGUACCUCAAAGCCGUGUGUACCGAGCUUGCCGACAAGCUGCCGCCUAAUCUAGAGUUACCGAAUCUUGUGGCUAGUAACAUUGAAAACUUUAUGCUACUUUUGAGUAGCAUGGAACAUCGACUCCAACAGGCCAAGGCAAAAAAUGGCAAUACCGAGCAGGAAGAAGAGGACGCAGAAAUGGAGCGUCGAAUCAACAUCGCUAAACUGGAUGAUCGGUUCUAUCAAGCUGACGAUGACGAAGACUCGGAAGAAGACAUCGAAUUGGAUCGCCGCGCACGUUUUCGACAAGCCUACGAAGUUGCCUGCUCCACCGACACUCAAGGCUAUUGCGUAGUGGACAAGACUUCGGAUCGGACACCUCAGGAGCUCACAGCAAUCAGCUGGGCCGCAUUUUGCACGGAGCUUCUCCUGGAAGACGAUGCUACGUUCCGAAUACAAGCCUUAGACUCCGAUAGUUUAUUUGAUCGCUUGAAGCUGGCAUCGCACAUGCUUCGAGAUAAAAAGGCCCAACUCCGCGUCAAGAUGCAAAAAGCUGGUCUCAAAUUCCGUGGCGAGGACUUGGACGAGGAUGAACCCUCGAUCGACGAGAUGAUAUAA